GUUACGCUGAUAAAUUUCAAACUCGCCAAAAAUUGGCGGGCAAGCAUGCGAUAGGUCUAAGGCUCGUGGGCUUACGUCAGUACAGAAAAUGGCGAGCAAGGGGCAGAAGGGAGUCUAGCUGCAAAGUAGCAUUUGAAUUCCGCUUGAAUAAGUUCUCCUCUCCUCGGUCUCCCACAAACAAAUGCGUCGUGGUUUGUUACAUCGACUUCCAGGUUGAAGCUAUUUGUGCAUUGGUAGUUUCGUGACUCGUGUGUAGUGAGAGAAAAGCCGAGAGUGAAGGUGAAAAAGAAAUGUCGGGGUCACACUAACAACGGCUUGGCUGUGCGACCUAACCUCACCGGCGACGAGAGGAAAGGCGCUUGCCGCCAAGCUGAAGAGAGAAAGAGAAAGAUAGAGAGGCAAGGAAGAGAGAGAGAAAGCAGAGAGCGAACGCCCAGUAACCGCCGUUGGCAGCUAAACAGCCUGCUUUACUGCUGUGUGCAGUGCCUGGGGACUCGACGACGACGAUUCUCUCUCUCUCUCUCUGUCUCUCGCUCUCGCGCCCGCCUGCUUUCGUGUUGCCGUCAUUGUCGCGUGUGAGUGUCGAGUGUUGUAUACCAGAGUUGCGGUAGGGCUACAAACGAAAAUGCCACCGAAGAAGAGGGACAAGGAACAAGCGGAGCCUAGCACCACUGGAGCCACAGGGGCUAAAGCACCGGCUAGGAUGCAGGACCAGAUUCAAGCUGAUCACGAACUAUUCCUUCAAGCUUUCGAGAAGCCGACACAAAUCUAUCGUUUUCUCCGUACACGCAACCAGAUGUCGCCGAUAUUUCUACAUAGGAAUCUAACAUACAUGAGGCAGCGUAUGUCUCGUUCUCACAAAUCACGUCGUGAUUUCCGGGUCAACUCUAUCCUAGAUAUGCUCAUAGACAAGAACGCACAAGCGCUGAAUGCCAUGAUGCGUAGAUACAUGACACUGACGUUCUUAGGAUUUUACGAUAAAAAACUCGAGGCACCUCAAGAUCCCGUCAAAGUCGAAACUUUCUUGUUGAAAAUUUGUCACAAGAAGCGCAAGGAUGUUAGUUCGCCAACUUUGCAGGUAUCUGUAGGAACGAGUGAAGUGCCGAUAAAUCCAUCGGAAAAUCAGCCACCACCAAAGGCACCCACAAUUUCGAUACCCAAUGAAUCGUUCAGUACAAACAAUGGUCACGUGGCUAAAACGUACAUGUUACUGCUCAGAGUUCAAAGUUCUUCUAACAAUAGCUGUCUUACACAAAAUUGUGAUGUAGAAGAACCAGCUCAGAAACGUCGCAAAGGGACCAACGGUGUCGCUAUAAAAGCUGGCAAUGAGGAUACCAAGCUCUACGGUUCAGAGCUCGUAGUUUACGAUAAGCACAAUCGUUGCCUGCUUACGGACGGUGAUUAUGAGUUGAGUCUGCAAGAAGUGCAGCCCCAAGUUAGGGCAAGCCCCAAAAAACAUAACUCCUGGGAAACAAUCCCCAAUAUCAAGGAUUGUGGUCCGUUUGAUGUGUUCAGUCGUGGACCGGUGCUUAAAUUUCGACUCAAUUGGACUCAAGAGCCGAGCACUGAUUUCGUGGAUAGGCCCCCGCCGCUUAAUCCAUUACCAAAUGGAGAUAACAAGGAAAAUCGACCUGGGAACAAUGGCAUCACUGAUAGGUGUUCCACAAAUCAUAAUAAUAAUACACUGACAACCCCAAGUCCCUUAGCACCUUCCAAAAUUUCUGUAACAAAUUCAAAUAAAAUGGAGAUUUCCACAGGCAAGCAACAAAUAGUUUACCAGUUUCUUUAUAAUAACAACAGUAGACAACAGACAGAAGCUUGCGAAGAUUUGCAUUGCCCGUGGUGUUCACUCGACUGUGGCAAACUUUAUUCGUUACUUAAGCAUCUAAAGCUCUGCCACUCUAGAUUCUCUUUCACAUAUGUCCCAAUACCCGAAGGUGCUAGAAUAGAUGUAGCAAUAAACGAUAGCUACGACGGCUCGUAUGCUGGUAGCCCACAUGAGCUGAUCUCACAGCCUUCGAACGUCUCUUACUCUAGGACAGGCCCUACGAGACGUACUAGCGUGACUAAUCUUGUAGUAUGUAGACCAAAACGACCAAAGCCAAGCCUUUCCGAGUUUUUAGAACAAGACGAGAAUGAUUUGGAAAAUUCAAGGACAUACAUUACUGGGCACAAUAGGCAAUUUACUGGCAGGCUGUAUCAUCACACAGUGACUUGUUUGCCAAUUUACCCAAAAGAAUUAGACGCGGACUCAGAGGGUGAGAAUGAUCCCAAGUGGCUUCGAACAAAGACGAUGAUGAUGAUCGAUGACUUUACGGACGUAAAUGAGGGUGAAAAGGAAUUGAUGAAGAUGUGGAACUUGCAUGUUAUGAAAUAUGGCUACGUAGGUGAUUGUCAGAUUCCACUAGCUUGUCAGAUGUUUCUUGAAACGAAGGGCAAGGAACUUCUCAUGAAGAAUCUUUAUCGCAAUUUUGUACUACAUAUGAGCAGUCUCUUCGAUUUUGGCCUCAUCAGUCCUGUAAUUUUAUAUCAAACCAUUCAGAAGUUGCAGGACUUGAUGAAGGAAGAGGGCGAGGACGGAGGUAUUCGUAAAGUUUUGCAGAAAUCUCAUGCUGCGCAGGUUGAACGAUGGAUUACUAAUGGUAGUCAGAACAUUGUAGACGUUGGUAAAGCAAACACAAGUCAAGCAAGUAAAGUAAAUUUCAAUGGAGAAACAAACUCGAACGCAAGGCGAAAAACAACACUGCCAAUGGGUUCACCACCUGGCACUCACAAUGGAAUCAAGCAUCCGAGCAUGAUGAGUACUAAUAAAACGCUUAUCAACUCGAAGGAUAAUCAAACGAAUGGAGAAUUACCUUCGAGACGUAAAAGUACAAAUUCAAUAGGUGGUGACGAUAAAACUAAUGGAAAUUCAACGUCGACACCAUUGAGACGAAAAUCAAUGGCUCACGAUAGCAAUGCUUCGGAGUAUCACAAACGUAAGUUGGUGUUGGACGGUUUGCCGGCGAACGGAAAUUCCAAUCAAAAACCCACGCAAAACGGUGUCAUCUUCUGAAGCGCAGGAUGCUUGAGAAAAUUUACUCAAAUGCGUGCACUCUGUUGUUUUUUUUAUCAAAGUUUACUAUGCAUGGAUUGUUGAGAGCGACUUUCAGUUAUGGCUAUAACUUUUUUGGUGGUGCGUCGCUUCGCAUCGAAUUACUAGUUUGUAAGUGUUUAUUAGGAUAGUUCUCUUUAAUUAGACUUAUAUUUUUAGACUGUUCGAAGGAAAACGUUCUUGCUUUAAUUACGUGAUUGAGGUCUUUUCCUUUAAAAAAAACUUUAACGAGCGAUUUUAGUGACAUUUGAGUAAAAAUUCAAUAGCAACCAAACGUUACUGAAGUUCUGCUGGCAAUCCCGUUAACAAUUAUAUCUGCGCUUACCAUCGUUCAUUGCGUUUACAAUUCUCUUUUGUACAGUAUUUGUUGCAGAUAAUAUAAUUGCGGAAUAAUUAUAUUAUAAACGAUUAACUGAUUGUCGUCGUCGGUAGAGUGUAUAAAAAACGAUCGCUAAAAAGUGAUCAUCGCUGUUUUAUAUUGCUUAUAGAGCGUUUCUUUUUUCUUCGAUUAUAUUUGAAUCAAGUGUUUGGUAGCAUCAAAUUCACGAGCCUUUCAUAUCAUACUCUUUGUAACAUUCAAAUCAUUCCACGAUCAUAUAAAUUCGUGUCUCAAUACUAAAAAAACAAACAGCAAUACAAAAUUCGAAAAUUUGAGUGAUCACUGUUUAACUUUGGUAGUAGAUUGAUACGUCUAACUAACUCUAGUCAACAAUAUUUGGAUGCUGGUUUAGCCUGCAGAACAUUAAAACUACUGCCUUUAUUAAAAAAGUCUUCAAGAACAAAUUAAGCAGCUUUAAAAUCGCCUGUACUAAGAGAAUACCUUUCGUCGAAUUUGCAACUUAUUAAUUCCAUAUACAUUUGAUAUAGCGAUGCGGUUGACUCGAAUAUAUAGUUAAGUAUAAAAAGAACAAAAACAUUUUUAAAAAAAGAAAUUGAUCUAUACUUUUAGAAGAAAUUCUAAUUAUUUUUAAUGAAAUGUUGAAAAAAGUAAAUAUUCUUGCAUUAAAAAAAAUAUCUUUUUAGAGGUAAGUCAGAAAUAAUAGUGUGAAUAAAAAAGAAAGUGAAAUUCAAAACAAAUUUAAACACACACAAACGUUCUCCAGAAAAAAAGGUAUAUAUACACGAUUUUACACGCUGAACACUUAAUUUGAAUGUCGAAGUGAAUCGGUAGAGUGAAAGUGCCUUUUCUAAAAGUCGAAGAACGUGUCCGAUGAAUAUAUAACCUGGCAAAAAUCUGACAAUAAUUGUGAAUCUAAUAGGUGACUUAAUUUACUUUUAUCUUUUUUUUUUGUAUAGAAAAUAAAUGUAAUUACUAUAAUUUUUUCUCCUCCGUAAGCAGCAAUUUCACGAUGUCAGUCACCGUCGGACAGCUCUUUGGCCAUUAUCUCUCAUUGCUACUUAGAAAAUAAAACAAGCAAAACCAAUCUACCUAUUGCGUUUAAUCAUAACAAUGUAAGUGCGUGUAACAUGCAAUCAUUUUUGAUCAACAGUUGUCUGAAAAAAUGCAUCCUUCUUUUUUGCUCUUUCUUUUUUGUAUGAUUCUGAAAAUAAAUGUUUGACCAUUGUGACACCGCAACGAGACUGGCUUUCUUGCAAUGUGAAAAUUAACUAAUUUUUUUCUUUAUUUUCUUCGUUAACGUUGUUUAUAAUUUAAAAAAUUAUUAUCGAUUAGUUUAUUAAUUAUUAUUACUGCGAAAUGACAAAUUGAACUCCGUAGAUUCUGUUGGCAACUGUGACACACGUUAUUGUCCUCUAAUAAUUACUGUUUCCAUUAAGUUGUAUAUAUAUAUAGUAUAAAAUGAUAAAUUUCCAAUAAAAAUUC